UCGGGGUUCAUUUUCAUUUCAGCUCGCAUAACUUCCCACUCCGAAAAAGUUCACCAGAAAAAUCUCCGAUCUCGUUCCCGACGAUGAGCGGCGACGGCCGGAGAUGGGACCGGAGAGACGCCGGCAACUCCAAGAAGCAGAAGCUGAUCCGCAACGCCGAGGAAGAGCUCGAGGCGAAGUUAGGGUUCGAUGUUUUCUCCGAGGGCAAAAAACGCCUCGGAUGGUUGCUCACUUUUGCAUCUUCAUCUUGGGAGGAUAACGAUACCAACAAAGUCUUCAGUUGCGUUGAUCUUUACUUUGUUACACAGGAUGGGUCCACGUUCAAGUCAAAAUACAGAUUUCGUCCUUAUUUUUAUGCAGCUACAAAGGAUAAAAUGGAGAUGGAUGUUGAUGCAUAUCUGAGACGACGUUAUGAAGGUCAGAUUGCAGAUAUUGAAAUUAUGGAGAAAGAAGAUCUAGAUCUUAAAAACCAUUUGUCUGGAUUGAGAAAAUCUUAUUUAAAGCUUUCAUUUGAUACUGUGCAACAAUUGAUGAAUGUGAAGCGUGAUCUUAUGCAUGUUGUUGAAAGAAAUCAGGCAAAGUCUGAUGCUGCAGAGGCCUAUGAGUCCAUAUUAACAGGAAGAAGGAGAGAUGAAAAACCUCAAGAUUUUCUAGAUUGCAUUGUUGAUCUUCGUGAAUAUGAUGUUCCUUACCAUGUUCGCUUUGCCAUUGACAAGGAUAUACGGUGUGGCCAGUGGUAUGACGUUGGAGUAUCAAAUAAUGAGGUUACACUUGAGAAGAGGACAGAUCUUCUGCAGCGUGCUGAAGUUCGUAUUUGUGCAUUUGACAUUGAGACCACAAAACUUCCAUUAAAGUUUCCUGAUGCUGACUAUGAUUUAGUUAUGAUGAUUUCAUACAUGGUAGAUGGACAAGGGUAUUUAAUCAUAAAUAGAGAGUGUGUGGGGGAUGAUAUAGAGGAUCUAGAGUACACUCCAAAGCCAGAGUUUGAAGGGUAUUUUAAGGUGACUAAUGUUCUAAAUGAGAUUGAGCUUCUUAGGCUAUGGUUUUCUCAUAUGCAAGAAGUGAAACCUGGUAUCUAUGUGACAUAUAAUGGUGAUUUCUUUGAUUGGCCAUUCCUGGAACGACGGGCAGCCCAUCAUGGGCUCAAGAUGAGUGAUGAAUUGGGGUUUCAGUGCGACACAAAUCAAGGGGAAUGUCGUGCUAAAUUUGCUUGCCAUUUAGACUGUUAUGCUUGGGUUAAACGUGAUAGUUAUCUCCCUCAGGGGAGCCAAAACCUGAAGGCUGUAACAAAAGCAAAGUUGGGUUAUGACCCAUUGGAGGUGAACCCUGAGGACAUGGUUCGCUUUGCAAAGGAAAAGCCUCAGACGAUGGCUUCGUAUUCUGUUUCUGAUGCAGUGUCAACUUAUUACUUAUAUACAACUUAUGUUCAUCCCUUUAUAUUCUCUCUUGCAACUAUUAUUCCCAUGUCGCCGGAUGAGGUUUUGCGCAAGGGUAGUGGGACCCUCUGUGAAAUGUUGCUUAUGGUCCAGGCUUUCAAGGCCAAUGUUAUUUGCCCUAACAAGCACCAAUCUGAUCCAGAGAAAUUUUAUAAAAAUCAUCUUCUUGAAAGUGAGACGUACAUAGGGGGCCAUGUUGAAUGCCUAGAAAGUGGUGUAUUUAGAUCUGAUAUUCCAUGUAGUUUUACAGUCGAGCCAUCAGCCUAUGAGCAAUUGAUCAACAACCUUGAGCGAGAUCUACGUUAUGCUAUAGAAGUAGAGGGUAAGAUGGAUUUGAAAUCUGUCUCCAAUUAUGAGGAAGUAAAGAAUGCUAUCAGGGAAAAGCUUUUACAAUUACGAGACACACCAAUACGUGAAGAAUGCCCUCUCAUUUAUCAUCUGGAUGUUGCUGCUAUGUAUCCAAACAUAAUUUUAACAAACCGGCUUCAGCCGCCUUCAAUUGUUACGGAUGAGAUUUGCACUGCAUGUGACUUUAACCGCCCUGGAAAGACUUGUCUACGCAAGCUUGAGUGGGUUUGGCGUGGGGAAACAUUCACGGCAAAGAAGAGUGACUAUUAUCACUUAAAGAAGCAGAUUGAGUCAGAGUUUACUUAUGGUACUGAUGGGAGGUCAUCAAAAUCUUUUCUUGAUCUACCCAAGUUAGAGCAACAAUCAAAACUAAAAGAGCGUUUGAAGAAAUACUGCCAGAAGGCAUAUAAACGGGUACUUGACAAACCAGUUACUGAACUUCGUGAAGCAGGAAUCUGCAUGCGUGAAAAUCCAUUCUAUGUGGACACUGUUCGCAGUUUCCGUGAUAGAAGAUAUGAAUAUAAAGGCCUCAAUAAGGUUUGGAAGGGAAAACUAUCAGAGGCCAAGGCCAGUGGAAAUUCUAUAAAGAUCCAGGAAGCACAAGAUAUGGUAGUGCUAUAUGAUUCAUUGCAACUUGCUCACAAGUGUAUACUUAAUUCCUUUUAUGGAUAUGUCAUGCGCAAGGGUGCAAGAUGGUACUCCAUGGAAAUGGCUGGAGUGGUCACAUAUACGGGUGCAAAAAUCAUUCAGAAUGCCCGGUUGCUGGUAGAGAAAAUAGGAAAACCGCUUGAACUAGACACAGAUGGUAUCUGGUGUGCACUUCCUGGAUCUUUUCCAGAAAAUUUCACCUUUAAAACAGAAGACUCAAAGAGGAAGUUGACAAUCUCAUACCCCUGUGUUAUGCUUAACGUUGAUGUGGCAAAAAAUAAUACAAAUGAUCAGUACCAGACACUCACAGAUCCAAUUAGGAAAUCUUAUAAAACUCAUAGUGAAUGCUCUAUUGAAUUUGAGGUGGAUGGACCAUACAAGGCAAUGAUUAUUCCUGCUUCUAAGGAGGAAGGAAUUUUAAUUAAGAAGCGUUAUGCUGUAUUUAAUGACGAUGGAACCCUCGCAGAGCUGAAAGGUUUUGAGAUCAAGCGCAGAGGUGAAUUGAAGCUAAUCAAAGUUUUCCAGGCUGAACUUUUUGACAAGUUUCUGCAUGGCUCAACCUUAGAGGAAUGCUAUUCAGUCGUCGCUUCAGUUGCAAACCGCUGGCUUGAUCUUCUUGAUAACCAAGGAAUGGAUAUUGCAGAUAGUGAGUUGCUUGAUUAUAUAUCAGAAUCAAGUACCAUGAGCAAGUCUUUAGCUGAUUAUGGUGAGCAGAAGUCUUGUGCUGUUACCACUGCUAGACGUCUUGCUGACUUUCUUGGUGAUACAAUGGUCAGAGAUAAAGGUCUUAAAUGUCAGUACAUAGUAGCAAGUGAACCUCAGGGAGCACCUGUAAGCGAGCGAGCUGUUCCUGUGGCAAUAUUUGAAACUGAUGCUGAAGUAAUGAAGUUCUAUGUCCGGAAAUGGUGCAAGGUCUCAUCAGAUGCUGGCAUUCGAUCCAUUAUUGACUGGUCUUAUUACAAGCAGCGGCUUAGUUCCACAAUUCAGAAAAUUAUCACUAUUCCUGCUGCAAUGCAAAAGGUUGCAAAUCCUGUCCCUAGGGUAGCUCAUCCUGAUUGGUUGCAUAAGAAGGUCCGUGAGAAAGAUGACAAGUUUCGCCAACGGAAAUUGGAUGAUAUGUUUAAUUCUAUGAACAGAAAGGAGAGCUCAAAAAAGCAUGAUGAUUCUAAUGGUGUCCGCCUUGUGAUGGAUGAUGAGACUGUUAAUGACUUGGAGGACUUCGGAAGCAACGGCAGGAGUUCUACAGGCAGACCUAGGCCAAUUAUACGGCAUUACGAAACUAAUAAUGAACGGCAUUCAGUGAAUCGCAAUGGUCAAGAAGAUUCAGAGCAACAAUGUAACGACAGCAGCAGCAUAGAUCGGCCACCUUCACUAUCACAAAAAGAUGAAAUAUCCGGUGAAAAUAUUGACAAAAACGUAGACUAUCAAGGAUGGCUUCAAUUGAAGAAGAGGAAGUGGAAAGAUAUGCUGGAAAAGAGAAAGAAGCGAAGAUUGGACAAUUCAGAGAAAUCUGACCGCUUAAAUGGCAUUCUCGGACAAAUAAAUGGUAAGAUAGAUCAGGGCAGAAGUAAUGUCAGUUCAUAUUUUAAAAGGCAUGAGGUAGUCCUAACACGGUGCCACUGGCAGAUUAUACAGCUAAUUCACAGUCCACAGAUUGGCCAAUUUUUUGCUUGGGUUGUUGUUGAUGGCAUUAUGCUCAAGAUACCUGUUUCUGUUCCUAGAGUCUUUUACCUCAAUUCUAGAUCACCAAUUAGUGAUGAAUUUCUUGGCAAACGUGUCAACAAGACUCUUCCUCAUGGAAGACAGAGUAAUAACCUGUAUGAGGUCACAAUUAAUGAAGUUCAAUUUAGGGAAGCAAGCAAAAAACUUGAAGCUCUCUUAGCAGAUCCUGAUGUUGAGGGAAUAUAUGAAACCAAGGUGCCACUGGAGUUUAACGCUAUAGUCCAGCUUGGUUGUGUGUGUAAGGUGGACAAAUCUGCUAAAAGACGUAAUCUACAAGAGCCAUGGAAUGUGAGUGAAUUGCACAUGAAGACCACGACCGAGUGUGGUUAUUUUGAACAAUCUAUAUCCUUCUUCUACUUGUACCAUAGCAUCUCUGAGGGACGGGCUAUAUAUGUUGGAUAUUUUCCUGUAUCCAAAGCAGUAACUGUUGUGGUAGUCAAUCCCUAUCAAAACAAAGAUUUAUCACCGAUUUUUCUUGAAAGACAAUAUCACAGUGCUUGCCAAGCUUUGUCUAUUGAGUCACCUCCGAGGAAUGACAUUCACUUUAAGGUGGACUAUGUUGCUCAAGUCAAGGAUGCUGAAACAGCAAUGCAAAGAACAAUAAAUGAUCACAGGAGUGAGCAUCAUGGGCCUAUGGUUGCUGUAAUUGAGUGCCCAAAUGUCCAACUAGUAAAAUUGGGCAUUCGAGCUUUAGAUGAUUUUCCAUGCCUGAGUAUUCCUUCUAAUGCGCGUGAUAGUCAGUAUCAGAUUCUUGGAUGGCAACAAGUUGCUGCUAAAAUUGGAAUGCAACGUUGUGCUGCAUCAGUACAGUGGCUAAAUGAGAGAAUUGCUCUAUCAAGAUAUGCCCAUGUACCAGUGGGAAACUUUGAACUUGACUGGCUUAUAUUUACAGCGGAUACCUUUUUUUCAAGAGCUUUGCGUGAUAAUCAACAGGUACUUUGGAUAUCUGAUGAUGGUCUUCCAGAUUUGGGUGGCAUUACUGGUGAAGAGAACUGUUUUAUUGACGAGGUCCAUCAACCUGUUCUCACGUAUCCUGGAGCUUAUAGAAAAGUUACUGUGGAGCUAAAGCUACACCACCUGGCUGUAGAUGCUCUGCUAAAAUGCAACCAAGUCAAUGAAAUGGAAGGAGGCGCUUUGUUAGGAUUUGAUCAUGAAUUUGAUUCCGAAGCAUUUUCCGUGGAUGGUCAGAACAGCUUUGACGAGUCUACUUCAUGUGCACAUGCGUUUCGGGUCCUAAAACAGUUGAUUCAGCGGUGCCUUGCAGAUGCAGUUACAUCUGGAAAUGUUUUUGCUGAUGCAAUGUUGCAACAUCUGUAUCGAUGGCUCUGCAGCCCUCAAUCAAAACUUCACGAUCCAGCUCUUCACCGGCUACUCCACAAGGUCAUGCAAAAGGUCUUCGCAUUGUUGUUGGCAGAGUUCCGCAAGUUGGGUGCAACAAUUGUAUUUGCAAACUUCUCCAAGAUUAUUAUAGACACAGGGAAAUAUGAUCUGUCUACAGCCAAAGCUUACUGUCAUAGUUUGUUAAGAACUGUACAAUCCAGAGACCUAUUUGAAUGGAUUGAGCUUGAACCACUUCAAUUUUGGCUCUCAUUGUUAUUCAUGGACCAGUAUAACUACGGUGGAAUACCAGCAAAAUCUGAUGAAGCCAUAAAUGAUGAGUCUCAAGUUGACAUUAUAUCGAGCUGGAAUAUUGCCGAAUACUUACCAAAGAAAGUCCAAGACCAUUUUAUUUUCAUCGUUUCUCAAUUCAUGUACAUUCCUUGGAAUUAUGCACAAAAACAAGCAGCAAUCAGGGCUUCAUUGCAGAAUGACGACUCCUGCACCCCAUCAAUUAACAUUGGAGCUGCAGAGGCGGUUGAAUCAGAAAUAACAGAGUAUAUUAAAGGGCAGAUUAGCUCUUACUUCACAGACAAACUGUUAGGAGUUGUUCGUGAUAUGAAGAGGAUGACCAGCUCAGUAAAUGACCAGAGUUCAUCAUCUGUCCUUCCUCAACCGACGGGUGAUCUCCAUAGAGGGGAUGCAGCCUUGGAAUUUAUCAAGCACGUCUGCGCUGUCCUGGCCCUCGAUCACAGUGUGCAACAUGAUAUUUUGGUUAUGAGAAAGAAUUUGUUAAAAUAUGUUAAAGUCAGGGAGUUUGCUCCAGAAGCCGAGUUCCGUGAUCCUUGCCAUUCUUUCAUCUUAUCCAAUGUCAUAUGCAGCUAUUGUAAUGACUGCAGAGACAUGGAUUUGUGCCGUGACUCAGCUUUAAUGACGGAGGAGUGGCGUUGUGCCGUACCUCAGUGUGGCCAACCUUAUGAUCGUGAGGUGAUGGAGAAUGCUCUCCUUCAAAUCGUACGACAAAGGGAGCGACUAUACCACCUGCAAGAUUUGGUUUGUCUCAGGUGCAGCCAGGUGAAAGCUGCACAUUUGGCUGAGCAAUGUGCAUGUGCUGGCUCAUUUAGGUGCAAGGAAGAUGUAAGUGAAUUUCGCACAAAGAUGCAGGUUUUCUUGAGUAUAGCUUCUCGUCAAAAGUUCCAACUUCUCCAAGAAUGUACCUCCUGGAUUUUAGAACUUAGAUAGUGAAUAGCUAGGAGUGUCUAGGAUCAGAGUAAAUUAGACCUGUGCAUCUUUGGAUUUCCGAUUCACAUUUGGGUUAACAUGUCAAAAUCCGUUGAUGCGAUGAGAUUAUGUAUAUAUGCAUUGUAUAUUAAAUAAAUGAAGUAUGUAUCCUCUUUUACAUAGAAUGCAGCCUUGUACCACCAUAUUAGCUUAA